CCAGCAUUUAGGAGCGUAGGUGCUCACUCUGUUCAUUUCUAUUUUGCUCGGGUCUUCAAACGUUCAAACGAAUACUUACCGAACUGUUUUUGGAUUAUACUGCUGCCUCUCUUGUGGAGUUUUUUUGUGCGGUUUUUUUUCUUCUUUUUUUUCUGGACAUUGACAACCGUUUCGGUCGCUACUCUGGAUCUGCUUUCAGACGUUCUUUCAUGGUAUUCCACCGGAGCUUGUGGAUCCAAAGCAGGAGCAGGUGUCCCUGUUACAGAGGCCACCACCAAGAAAGCUGGCGCACCAAAAAGUCGAAGAAAACACGCACAAAACAUCCUGAUUCAUCAGAUAAUGCUGCGUCUCAGCACAGACCUCUCCCACCCCUGCAGGGUUUAAACCAGACAUCUUGGUCCCCCUCCGAGACAUCGCAGUCUGGGGUUUCAGUUCCAUUUCCAACUGUGGUUCCAGGAUAUCCUCUCUACCCUGUAGUUCCCUCUGUUGCCCCACCCCAAGCCCCCAACAGGAGUAGCAGAGUCCCAGAACACUCAGGCCACACCCUCUAUGGCUGCAUAUCCUACGCCAUUAGUCACACCAGUUGUAGCGUUUGUUUUGCCCGGUUUUAUGUUGCCACAGAUAGGCACAGCACCUCGCUCUCCAUUCUAUGCUGACGCUCCGCAAGCCUACAGUGCACUCUUUCAGACCCAGCAGACCUACAAUGGCCAGCAGCCCUUUCAGCCCCAGCAAGCCUACAAUACCCAGCAACCCUUGCAGCCUCAACAAGUCUACACCGACCAACAAGCAUUUCAGCCACAACAAGCCUACAGCACCACGCAGCACCUUCAAAACCCUCAAGGCUGCAGAACUCACCAGUGCUUUCAGACCCAUACCUCCUUCACUUCCCAGCAGCCAGCAUUUACACCCCAGACAGAUUUUCAGUAUGGAAUGACAUCUGACCCAAAACACUCUGCCAUUGUGUCCACAGAGUGUCCUUCUCCUUUGCCACCCCCUCAAUCCCCCCCACUAUUUGAGUCUCGCUGUAGUUCUCCAUUGCAGCUGGACUUGCUUCAGAUGGAGGAAAAGCAGGAAUCUCAUACCCCAGCAGGAAUGCUGCACCCCAGUCCAGCACCCAGGGUAAUUGCAGUUUAGUACAGGACAAAAACAGCACAUCCAUCAAUAGCACUUCUUCUGCGAUGGAUGACUUACAGCAGGCAUGUUGUUCGGGUAACGGUGGCCACUGUGGUGACCACUCCUCAUCCAGCAGUGUGUUGGACAUGUUGUUGCAGGAAGACUCUCAUUCUGGCAUGGGCGCUGCCAUGUCAGCAUCUACUGGCUCCACUUCCAAUGACUGCAACACUUCUAAUAGUGGAACAGGAAGCAACACAAGCAAGUAUUUUGGCAGUGUGGACUCCUCAGAGAACAAUCACAAGAGCGAAGACAUAAAGGAACAGGAGGAGAAUUUUAAGUAUGUUCUUCAAGAGCCUGUUUGGAGAUUUACAGCCAGUGAUGAUGACUGUGUCAUGAUGACCUAUCAAGUGCCAUCAAGGGAUAUGGAAAAGGUUCUGGGGGAAGAUCGGGAGUGUUUAAGGCGCAUGCAGAAGAACCAGCCCCGUUUCUCUUCAGAACAGCGUCGAGAACUGAUUGAUCAACACCCCUGGAUGAGGAGAGGAGCGUUACCCAAUGCCAUCAAUGUCAUGGAGUGUAUGUACUGCGAGAAUGACGUCUCUGCCCUGCUAGAAGACCUACCCGAUAUGGAGGUUGGCAUUUUGGGAGGAGAAGUGGUACAAGAUGCCAAUGAAUGGGUCUCAUUCACAGGAAGAGAAGGAGCAACCUAGUGUAUAAUCUGAAAAUGUACCACUAAUCUCUGCCAGCAGAGGGCAACAGGACCUUUCAGGUUCCCACCUGUACACACAAAGUAAAAUUGUCUUGGGAUAUCUACUCUGAUAUCCUUUGUUAUUUUAAAAGAUUAUGAAUGUGUUUAUUUAUUUGUGUGUGUGUGUGUGUGUGUGUGUGUGUGUAGACAAAAGUAUGCCAGAUAAGCUGACUGAUUAACCCAAAGAUGCUGUUCAAAUGUGCAAACUCCGAUUGGAUGGAACCGCUGUCACAUGGACCUAACCUGCUCAGUGGUUCUGUCUCUUUAUAGUUUUUCCAGUUCACUUGUACUGUUUGAAUAUGUUGCUACAGCAGAGUUUUCUUCAGUGGAUUGAUGCUCUGUGCAGAAAUCGCCAGACUGUUUGUACCAGCUAACAGUGGAAUGAGGUGUAGUGCAGCAUAAAUAAAUGAAAAAAGUAAGUUUUUCAUUAUAAACACAAGUCCUAUUGUGAACACAACAGUAUAUGGGCCAAUACAAAUGCAUUUUGCUAAAAAUCAAAACCAGGAAAUGAAACAUACUGUAUAUUUGGGGACCAUUCCAGCCAAAUAAGCUGCUGCCAAAGCUGCUGUGACCAGUCUUACAGGACCCUUGUGUCAUUUUGUCAGAGGACAAGAAGUAUUUGUUACAUGUCUUCAGGGAUGUGCAAUCAUGGAAACUAAUAUUUUUGUAGAUGUCUUUUGUAAGUCAUAAAAAAUUGAACAUGGACUUAAUCAUCUUUCUUUCUUUCUUUUACCCUUUCUUUCAUGUCUUCUUUUGGAUAUACAGAUGUGACCCUGGACCACAA